AUGGCUCGGGGGAACAGUGUACUGGGCUUGGAGAUUGGGGGGGGGAACACUGAUUGUUCCCCAUGUGAGCCCUGCUUAUUGGGAAAGUCGGCUCGGAAGCCGUUUCCCCAUGAGGCGUCUCGGGCACUUGGGCCUUUGGAUGAGGUCCACAUGGAUUUGUGGGGGCCGGUGCGCACACCAUCACUGGGAGGAGCGGUGUAUAUCCUCAGUCUCAUUGACGACUUCACCAGACGAGUUUGGUCGUUCCCCCUCCCCAACAAGGAAUCGGCCAUAGUUGCAAAAGUCCUUCGCCAGUGGCAUAAGGACGUGGAGUUGGAGUGUGGGCGGAAGCUGAAGGCUGUUCGCUCGGACAGGGGUGGCGAGUUCUUGGGGGAAGCUGUAAAAGCAUGGAAGGCGGAGUUUGGCAUUAAAACUCAAUUGAGCGUCGCAGAUACACCGCAACAGAAUGGGGUUGUGGAGAGGUGGCACAGGACGAUGGCAGAGGGGAUUCGCACAUUGUUGGUCGACAGUGGUCUCCCUGCUCGCUUGUGGGGUGAAGCAUUGAUGUGGGUCGUGUGGGUUAAGAACAGGGUCACCCACAGUGCUUUGCCUGCCUCCAUCACACCAAUGGAGGCGUGGUCCGGCCAGAAGCCGCAUGUGGGCAUGGCUCGGAUUUGGGGUUGCAUGGGGAGUGUCAUGUUGCAUGGGCAUGAGAAGGGUGGCAAGCUUGAUGCACGGGCUGUCAUGUGUGUCUGUGUUGGGGUGGACAUGGAGAGCAAGGGUUGGCGCAUGCUGGACCCUUCUAUCAUGCGCAUUCGCAUUGCUCGGGAUGUUGAUUUCCUUGAGAAUGUGAUGUGGAAGGAUUGGGACAAGGCAAAGGAAUUUGGGGAGCUUCUGCAGGAUGCAGCUGCAAUUUCCCAACUCCUCCCUCUUCCACUCUCGCCACCUUCAGCAACGGCUGACGACGUUGAGAUGCCACUUUCACCACUGCCACCGGCACCGCUGAGUGUGUCGGUGCAGCAGCAGCCCACCCCUCUGCAGCAGCUCAGUGGCCCCUCGGUCAUUCAGCGGAGAUCCGCUACACAGGCUACUUCCUCUUCCUCCUCCUCUGGUCAGCGCUCUAUCCCUCUCUCUACGGGUGCCCCUCCGUCACCAGCGACUACCUCCCCACCACCGGUUACGGGUUUGCAGGUGCUUGGUAUCCAGUCUGGUACAGGUGGUGAGGAGGUAGGGGGGGAUGCUGGUGUGGUUGAGGGCAUGCUAUGUUUGGCCAGGGAGGUGGAAGGUGUUGCACUGGCAGGUGUGAGCACAGGUCAAGGAGGUGCUUGCUCAGAGGUACCAGAUGAAGGAUCUAGGAAUGGUACUUGGUCAACUGAGGAAGGUGUUGCAGCUGAUGUCAAGGUGUACCAGAGUCUCAUUGGCAGCUUGAUGUAUGCUGCUGUGACCACCCGUCCUGACAUGUCUUUCACUGUCAACACCCUUGCACAGUCCUGCGUGGCACCAAGACGCAUUCACAUGCGCGCUGCACUGAGAGCACUCAGCUUGCAGCUGCAUGAGAACCUGGAGCGCAUCGGCAUGCGAGUGAUUGCUGCGAAGGCCAAGGCUUCAUUCGCUGGAGGGGUUGUAUUUUGA